CAAGCCGCAGGGGGGCGGGGUCGGAGUCGGAGGGCGGGGCCGCAUAUAAAAGGCGCCACUCGCGCGGUGUUCGGCCAUUCUGGGGUCUGGUUAGAGGUUGGUUUGGUCUUGAGACUGGCGUCGAAUUUGCUACGAGAAAGAGAAAAAUCCCCCCCCACUUGGUCCUUGGAAGACACAAAAAAGCAGCCACCAUAUUUUCGACCGUCCUUGGGAAGCCGUUCAAAUUCUUUGUGACCUGAAGGAAACUGCCACUUAAACAUACCAAAAGACCAAACAAAAAAUAAUUAGCAACAACCUGUCCUGAUCCUUUUUUUAAAUCUAGCAACUUUUUGCAUCUCUUUAUCUCGACAAACCACCAAAAAUUCCCAAAAAGUUGCUGUAUUUUUUUAAAGCCAUGACCAAAAACAAAUCAAUUAUUUUUUUUCUUUAAAAUACACCACUUUAAUCAAACAAAAAAAUAACAAACCUUGAAGCGCUGUCGACGAAAAAUUAUUGGAUAAAUUGUCCAUCAUGGGUUCUGGACCAAUCGAUCCUCAUGAGCUCCUAAAAGGAUUAGAUUGCUUCCUGGGGAGAGAUGGAGAAGUCAAAAAUACAGAAGGGGUCACCAAGAUUUUCAAUUUAAUGAAAGACGCACAGAAAAUGGUCAGUCGCUGCAUCUACCUGAACAUCCUGCUGCAGACCCGGGCGCAAGACAUCCUGGCAAAGUUCAUCCGGGUCGGGGGUUACAAACUUCUCAACACUUGGCUCACCAGCUCCAAGGCAUCCAGCAAUGUACCCCUACUGCAGCAGAUCCUUCUCACGCUGCAGCACCUGCCUCUCACUGUGGAUCACCUGAAGCAAAACAACACGGCGAAACUGGUAAAGCAGCUUAGCAAGUCGAGCGAGGACGAAGAGCUCCGCAGACUGGCCUCCAUCCUCGUCAGCGACUGGAUGGGUGUCAUCCGCUCCCAGAGCAGCGCGCAGCCUGCAGAGCGAGACAAGAAAAAGCGGAAGGAAGAUAGUAAGGGCAAAGCACCUGUCCAGGAGAAGCCUCAGGAGGCCAAGGCGGAAGCUAAGGCAGAGGAGACGCCGGAGAAGAAGAGAGAGAAGCCAAAAUCGCUACGCACCACGGCACCCAGCCAUGCCAAAUUCCGCUCCACUGGGUUGGAACUAGAGACUCCCUCACUGGUUCCUCUAAAGAAGAACCCCAACGCUGUAGUGGUGUCUGAAAAAUACAACCUGAAGCCGAUGCCGAUAAAGAGACAGAGCACAUCCGCCCCCUCUGGAGACAACCCACCAGUAGAGAAGAAAUACAAGCCUCUGAACACCACCCCCAACAGCACCAAGGAAAUCAAAGUCAAGAUCAUCCCCGCACAACCAAUGGAGGGCUUGGGCUUCCUGGAUGCCCUGAACUCUGCCCCUAUCCCGGGGAUCAAGAUCAAAAAGAAAAAGAAAGUCUUGUCUCCUACGGCAGCCAAGGCGAGCCCGUUUGAAGGGAAGCCAGCCCCAGAAGCGAGCACUGCUAAGCCAUCCUCUCCAGAACCUGCUACUGCAUCCGAACCGAUGGAGGUGGAUCGGCCUGGUACUCCUGUGCCAGCAGUAGAGGUCCCAGAGCUGAUGGAGACCGCCUCGUCCGAGCAGAACUCGGAUGCCAAGCCCUCCGAGAGCACCGCUGACUCCACGCGGCUUACCAAGAAGGGCAAGAAGAGGAAGACAGUGACUUGGCCUGAAGAGAGCAAGCUGCGGGAAUACUUCUACUUCGAGCUGGAUGAGACUGAGCGGGUCAACGUGAACAAGAUCAAGGACUUUGGCGAGGCAGCCAAGCGGGAGAUGCUGAAGGACCGGCAUGCCUUUGAGACGGCGCGCCGGCUCAGCCACGAUGCCAUGGAAGAGAAGGUGCCCUGGGUUUACCCCAAGCUCAUCAACCUCCCUAGCCCCCUGGUGCAGCCGGGCAGCGGCAGCCGCGAAAAGUACACCCAGGCUGAGAGGGAGAAGGGCAUCCUGCAGGAGAUCUUCCUUUCCAAGGAGAGCGUUCCAGACAGUCCCCACGAACCCGACCCGGAGUCGUACGAACCCCUGCCGCCCAAACUCAUCCCGCUCGACGAGGAAUGCACCAUGGACGAGGCCGCCUACCAGGAAGGACUCGACCCAGCUGCCGCCUCGCAGUCUCCCGACGGAGCCGGGGCCUCCAAGCUGCCCCCAGUGCUGGCCAACCUGAUGGGGAGCAUGGGGGCCGGCAAGAGCCCUCAGGGCCCCAACCCCAGCUCCUCCAUGAACGUGCAGGAGAUCCUCACCUCCAUCAUGGGCGGGCCCAACAACCACAAGACGGAGGAGCUAAUGAAGCAGCCGGAUUACUCGGACAAGAUCAAACACUUGCUUGGCAACCUCCAGACACAGCCCCCGGGGCCCUCAGGAGUGCCCCACGGGCUGCUGGGCCAAGGGCCUCUCACCAAUGGAUUCCCACCUGGACCAAAGAACAUGCAGCAUUUCCCUCCCGGGGGGCCAGGACCCAUGCCUGGUCCCCAUGGUGGCCCAGGGGGUCCCAACAUGCCCCCAGGUCCCGGCAUGCCUGGUGGGCCCAGGAUGAUGGGCCCUCCCCCUCCCCAGCGAGGCGAGUUCUGGGAUCUCCCUGACGGCGGCAUGCGGGGAAACCCUCAUGGGGGUAUGCGAGGAGGUGGCCCUGGCCCGGGGCCUGGACCAGGCCCUUUCCACCGGGGGCGAGGCGGGGAGCCCCCCUUCCGGGGGCGAGGAGGAGGUGGGCGCAGUGGCGGUCCCCCCAAUGGCAGAGGCGGGCCUCCUAACAACGGCAUGGGUGGAGGAGGCGGCCACGGUGGCGGCGGCGGCCACGGUGGAGGUCAUGGCGGCCACGGCGGAGGCCACGGCAGGGGCCACGGCGGCCAUGGUGGGGGCCAUGGAGGCGGCGGCCAUGGUGGAGGCCACGGAGGCGGCGGUCAUGGCGGUGGCCACGGAGGAGAUCACGGCAGAGGCCACCCAGGGGAUCAUGGCCGGGGUCAUGGUGGAGGCCACGGAGGAGACAUGUCGAGCCGCCCCGUGUGUCGCCACUUCAUGUUGAAAGGCAGCUGCAGGUACGAGAACAACUGUGCCUUCUACCAUCCCGGAGUGAACGGGCCGCCCCUGCCAUAGCGCCCGGGGCCCUCCCCCCACCCCGCUGACGCCCCGUGAAACCGCCCAACACAGCUGCCCCCACUUCAUGGACUCUGGGGUGCCUGCUGUCGGACUUGGGCUGCAUCCACCACUUAUGGCUUCUGUGAGGCCUUGUAAUGCCCAGGGGAGGGAAGGAGCAACCCCUCCCGAUGGCUGCUGCUACUGAGGAACCACUGCGGGGGGAAUUCCCCCCGCCACUCCACUCCCUCCUGUGUCGUUUUAACCUGAUGGAGGUGCUGAUGGGACCUGACUCCGCGCCCCCCCCAGUGACUUUUUACAAGCACAAGAGUCGCUGCCUGCUCUGGGACCUGGGGACAAGGGAGGGGCAAAGUGGGUUGUUACCACUGUGUACAUCUCUGUGGAACUAGCAAAGGUGUAAAGGGAGGGUUGCCCGGCUUCUUCACCCGGCUCCGGGCUGUGAUCUGUCCGUGGGUUUGCCUGCUGCAGACCUACUCUGAAGACAUUUUGCCUUGGGAGACUUGGCCCUGAGGAGCAGCCAGCCACACUGCUCGGCUCCCCCAGAAAUACUGCCCUCCCAGGCACGUGGUCAGGAGACUUCUCCCUCCAUCUGACAGCAGCAGGAUACCAGUCCUUCGGUUGGGGAGGAGAGGGGUCCACUGCCCCCCCACCCACUGAGCAAAGGGAGUGCUUGUUAACUCCACCCCCUCCAUGGGAUUGUCCCCCCAUGUGCGUGAGAACGAGUGGGAUCAGAGCUCCUCCCCUUGCUGUAAAUACCCAUCCUCACCACGUUGAUGACUGCAGACACACGACUCCCCUUGGUGCUAGCGAGUCAUUGGUUGGGUGGAGGGGGGGCAUGAAGCUGUUUUCUGUGAAAACGGACUGACUUUAUUGCUGUUGGCAUCAGGGGGCUUGGUUUGUUUCCUUUCCAUUGUUUUAUUUUUUUACGGUCUCUCCUUGAGACAUGGACUGUCCUACCCCUCACCCCCCCCCCCCACUGGUGCAGCCUCCCCCUUUUGUUUUGUAUAUUUUGUACAUUAGUAAUAAACAUGGUGAUUAAAAAAAUGGA